AUGGCCUCAUCUUUGUGCGACGACGACUCUUUCGGGCCGCAUGCGACUGGCUGCAGAGGCGGCUUCGACUUUACGCUGCUCUUUGAAGAGUCGAUACUUGUUGUACCCAUCAAUGCCUUGUUACUCCUCGCAGCUCCGUGUCGAGCUGUCUACCUCCUGCGCAAGAACACGGUAAAGGUUGAAAGCAGCUACUGGCUAUACUUCAAACUUGCAACCGUCGUCACCAAAGCCUCCCUACCAACUGCCGCCUUAUCGUUUGUCGCAUCAAUUAGCCUAUUAGGCCUAUCCUAUGUUGAGCAUGUCUACUCGUAUCGGCCAUCGACGGUGCUCAACCUCUUCCUACUCUUCUCGGUGCUCUUUGACGCUACACGAACGCGAACACUAUGGCUUCAGGGCUACAAUCGGUCCCCGGCCAUUGCCGCCCUUGUCGCCACGGUCAUAAAGAUUGCCAUGCUGGUUGUCGAGACUGUCGAGAAACGCGAUUUCUUACGUCCUCAGUACCGCACAUUGCCUCCCGAGGUGACGAGCGGCGUCUUCUCCCAAUGGGUAUUUUGGUGGCAACUCCCUCUAUUCCGCGCUGGCUACUCCAAGAAAUUGGAGAUUGAGUCUUUGUUCCCUCUUGCAAAGCAUUUCAAGUCUUCAUAUCUGCAGGACCUAGUGCAGACUGCCUGGGUUAAAUGUUUGUCAACACUAAAGGGGCCUAUUCUGUCCAUCAUUUUCCCGCGUCUGUGCUUCAUUGCCUUUACCUUUUGCCAACCCUUCCUCAUCUCAACGACACUGGCGUGGGCCGAAAAGGAUAGCGACUCUAACGAUAUGAACCAGGGAUACGGCCUCAUAGGCACCUGGUUCAUUGUCUUCGUCGGGAUAGGAGUCACGACUGGUCAGUACCAGCACCUGACGUAUCGCGCCAUCACCAUGGCACGUGGUCAGCUCAUAACGAUGCUGUAUGACAAGGCUACAGAUAUCAACAUCACGGCUGCCGACCCUACCGCAGCCCUGACACUGAUGAGCGCUGAUAUUGAGAGGAUUGACACGGGAUGGCGCACCGCUCACGACGUCUGGGCCAACUUGGUCGAGAUUGCCGUGGCAGUCUACCUGUUGGAACGUCAGCUCGGCGUUGUUUGCCUCAUUCCUGUCGGAGCCGCAAUCUUCUCCAUCGUCGGUUCUGUUAUUGCCGUCAGCUUCGUCAUGGCUCGCCAAGCUAUGUGGCUCGAGGCCAUCGAAAAGAGAAUCGCGGCAACAUCGCAGAUGCUGGGGGCCAUGAAGGGCGUCAAAAUGUGCGGCCUGACCGACGUUCUCGGCACACGCAUUCAGGCCAUGCGGAACGAGGAGAUGCACAUCUCGGGCAAGUUCCGCAGGUUGUUGAUCUGGAACAUGGUCUUGGCCUACCUUGCUCCUAUCUUCGCCCCCAUCCUGACCUUCACGGCGUACAGCGUGCUCGCCCAGUCACGGGGGGGAGGCAGUAACUUGGACACAAACCGCAUGUUUACGUCUUUAUCUCUGUUUGCACUCCUACAGGAUCCUCUGACUUCGUUUGUUACGUCCCUGUCCUCCCUGAUGGGGUCCAUCGGGAGUUUUGUGCGCAUCCAAUCUUUCCUCAGUACAGAUGUCCGCGUCGAUGAUAGAGUCAUCCAGGAUGGCAUCGAAGGUGACGACUCCUUAGGCUCCAGGUCUUCAGGCAGUGAGCCCGAGAAGAACUGUUCUUCACCCGAAGAAGAGCCCAAGUUACUGAAAGAGGCAAUGGCCAAGACUUCAUUGAAUGGCAACGCUGUCAUCGUCAAGGCUGGCUCUUUUGGAUACGACACCACCAAAAAGCCCAUCUUGAGCGGCAUCGAUGUCCUAGUCCCACUGGGCAAGUUCACGCUUCUCGUUGGGCCGGUCGGCAGUGGCAAAUCGACUCUUCUCAAGGCAUUCCUUGGAGAGGUUGGUAUCAUGGCUGGGUCCGUCCAAGUAUCGAGCUCCGAAAUUGGAUACUGCGACCAGACCCCGUGGCACAUGAACGGUACCGUGCGAGAUAGCAUUAUCGCUUUCUCACCAGCAGAUGAGCGCUGGUAUCAGCAGGUGCUGGAUGCUUGCGCCUUGAGACAAGAUCUCUCCCAGCUUCCUAGGGGGGAUCUCACCACGAUAGGAAGCAAGGGUAUUGUUCUCAGCGGAGGCCAGAGUCAAAGAAUCAGUCUGGCAAGAGCUCUGUAUGCGCAGAAAGAUGUCAUUAUCCUAGAUGACGUCUUCAGCGGAUUGGAUGCGCACACUGAAAAUGCCGUAUUCCACAACCUCCUUGGCACUCACGGCAUCCUGCGGCAGCUCAAGGCAACCGUUGUCGUCGCCUCUUCACGCGGUACGCGAAUUCCCUACGCAGAUCACAUCCUUAGUCUCGAUGGCACCGGUGUAGGCUGCGAGCAGGGGAGCUUGGACAAGCUGACCGGCUCUGGCGGCUACGUGUCUCGCUCCCUCGUAUCCUCGGCAGACUGGACAUACGAGCAAGCCUCUAAUGCGACCCCUGCCCCUACCGAGGCAUCGGCUCAUGCCCUGGUCAACUCUGAAGAAGCCCUUCUCGAGGACCUCGAAGACGAGGCCGGCCGUCGCACUGGGGACGUGGCAAUCUACACAUACUACAUCCGCGCCAUCGGCUGGAUCCCAACCUUGAUCUUUGUCGCCGCCAUCUGUGCCUUCAUCUUCAGCCAGUCCUUCCCCACCAUCUGGCUCAACUGGUGGGCAGCUGCCAAUGCCAAGGAUCCAUUUACACGGCUCGGCUACUACCUAGGUAUCUACGCCAUGCUGGGUGCCUUGGCCAUUAUCUUCCUAGUCGUAAGCACCUGGCAGAUGAUCGUCACCAUGGUACCUCUAUCAGGUAACAACUUCCACCAGAGUCUGCUCAAGACAGUCCUCAACGCACCAAUGUCCUUCUUCGCCGCGACCGACACUGGCGUCACUAUCAACCGCUUCAGCCAAGAUCUCCAGCUCAUCGAUAUGGACUUGCCCCUCUCAGCGCUCAACACCUUUGCUACUUUCGUGCUGUGCAUCGCCGAGAUGGCACUCAUCGCCGCUGGUUCGUAUUAUACGGCCGUCGCAUUCCCCUUUUUGUUCGCGGCGUUGUGGGUGGUCCAGCACACGUACCUACGCACAUCCCGCCAGCUUCGAUUUAUGGAUCUGGAGGCAAAGAGCCCGCUCUAUGCCCUGUUCACCGAGUCUGUCACUGGACUGGUGACACUGCGCGCGUUUGGGUGGCGCGGUGCCCUCGAGAAGAAACACCACGAGUUGCUGGACCGGUCCCAAAAGCCCUUCUAUCUUCUCUUUGCGGUUCAGCGUUGGCUGACCUUUGUCCUCGACAUGUUUGUGGCCUUCAUCGCUGUGCUGGUCAUGGUUCUUGUUACCCAACUCAGAGGCGUACUCCCAACAGGUUUGAUUGGAGUUGCCCUCGUUAACAUCAUCCAGUUUAGCCAGCACCUCAAGCUAUUGAUGACUUUCUGGACAAACUUGGAGACUCAAAUCGGCGCAAUCUCUAGGAUCAAGUCUUUCACAUCCCACACCGCUUCGGAGCAUGAACCCCAGGAAAAGGAACAACCGCCGCCCAUGUGGCCAUCCAUGGGGACCAUUAAGUUCGACAAUGUCUCGGCUGGAUAUAGGCACUCCGAGCAUGUCCUGAAAAACAUAUCCAUGUCGAUCCAGGCGGGGCAAAAGAUUGGCAUUUGCGGACGGACUGGAAGUGGUAAGAGUUCCAUGGUCUCAUGCCUUUUCCGCAUGAUAGACCUCCAUGGUGGCCGCAUAACUAUAGACGAGCUUGACAUUAGCACGCUGCCCCGUGAACAGGUUCGCACUCGGCUAGUGGCUGUGCCGCAGGAUGCGUUCCUCAUCGAGGGAGGCAGCGUACGGCUGAAUGCGGACCCUUCUUCCGGACUCACAGAUGCUUCAAUUGAGGAUGCACUGAGAGCUGUAGACCUGUGGGACAUUGUAGUCGAAAAGGGCGGGCUUGAUGUGCCCAUUGAGGUGCUGCACCUCUCCCAUGGCCAAAGGCAGCUCUUUUGCAUUGCACGCGCCAUCCUGCGCCCAUCGCCCGUCGUUGUUCUCGAUGAAGCCACAAGCAGCGUGGACUCGCACGUCGAUGAGCUUGUCCAGCGUGUCCUGCGUGAGCGGUUCGAGAACCGCACAGUGAUUGCCAUCGUUCAUAAGCUUGAGUCGGCUCUGGACGACUUUGAUAUGGUAGCUGUUCUUGAUGCAGGCGAGUUGCAAGAGUUUGGACCUCCGCGAGAGCUCCUGGAAAAGGGUCCUGAGGCCUCGGCCUUUGCUGCUCUCUACGCAAAGCUGGCCGUGGAAAAGAAGGGGGAGGAAAUAGAGGAAGAAGAGGGAGACACAUUGCUAGAAUAG